AUGGCCUCCACUGGGAGAAAACAGUCAAAGAAAACGAAGCAUGCAGAAGACUCAACUGACUUAAAAUCGUUUGAUUUCGCACUUGAGGACGAAAAGACAGAACUGAGUUGUUCAGAGGAUGACAUCCGAGAAGAUGAAACUCCUGUUGUUGACAAGAUGGCCAAGAAAAGGUCAUUUGAGGAAGAUGAUCUAAAAGUUGGAGUGGGGAACGAGGUACAAACCAUGUUGGAGAGAUUUGGAGCUGAUAUAAGCAAAGCCAUGCAGGCCAAGAGGAAACGUUUAGAGACCUUCACCAAGAGCACACUGAAGGGCAGCAAUCAGAAACUGGAGCAGCUGUGGAAUACCCAGUAUGCACAAAGGCAGAAGCUGACUCAGGAGUACUCACAGCAGGUGUCAUCUGUGCUGCAGCAAUGGGAGAUUGAUGCACAGAAAUCAGAGGAUCAGGAGGAAAAAUUGAAUAACUUGUUUCGCCAGCAACAAAAACUGUUCCAGCAGGCUAGAGUGGUGCAAAGCCAGAAACUGAAAACCAUCAAAGAGCUAUACGAGCAGUUCAUUAAGAACAUGGAGGAGAUGGAGAAGAGCCAUGAGACCUUCUUGCAGGGGGCACAGGUGGAGCUGAAGAAGGAGAUGGCAGUGUUGCAGAAGAAAGUUAUGAUGGACACUCAACAGCAGGAGAUGGCCACUGUCCGCAAGUCUCUUCAGUCUAUGCUGUUCUAG